UUAGUUCCUCGUUCAUCAAAAUAAAAGCGACGUUGUGGCAGCUUGCCGUGCACUUGCAUAUAAGUCGAACAAUUUCAUAAUUUGAGUUUAGUUUGCAAACGAAUAUACUGAUAGGCAAAAUGUCUAUUAAAUUAAAGGCAAACGUUAACAAUCCACCCAUAAGCGGUUUGGCGACGGCGCAUUUAAUCAGCUCAUCGGUGCCCGUGGAAAUUGUUUGGAGCAAGGAAACCUCGUUGCAGUUCCCGGACAACCGUCUCCUGGUUUGCCACUCGAACAACGACGUGCUGCGCGCGCUGGCACGUGCUGCACCCGAUCAUAAGUUAUAUGGCGAGACGGCGAUUGAGCGCACACAGAUCGAUCACUGGCUGUCGUUCUCGCUCACCUGCGAGGAUGACAUAUCGUGGGCCAUGUCCUUCCUGGACAAGUCCAUUGCGCCGGUUACGUAUUUGGUUGCCAAUAAGUUGACCAUUGCCGACUUUGCGCUGUUCAAUGAAAUGCACUCGCGCUACGAGUUCCUCUCCGCCAAGGGCAUUCCACAGCACGUGCAGCGCUGGUAUGAUCUGAUCAGUGCCCAGCCCUUGAUACAGAAGGUAUUGCAAUCCCUGCCGGAGGAGGCGCGCGUCAAGCGCAGCAUCAAUGAGCCCGUGGCAAAGAGCGGCGAGCGCAAGCAGGAGGGCAAAUUUGUAGAGUUGCCUGGCGCUGAGAUGGGCAAGGUUGUGGUGCGCUUCCCGCCAGAGGCUUCUGGUUAUUUGCACAUUGGACACGCGAAGGCGGCGCUGCUCAAUCAAUACUACGCCCUGGCCUUCCAGGGCAAACUGAUAAUGCGUUUCGACGACACCAAUCCUGCCAAAGAGACUGUUGAAUUCGAAAAUGUCAUACUCGGGGAUCUGGAGCUGUUACAGAUCAAGCCGGAUGUCUUCACGCACACCUCCAACUACUUUGAUCUCAUGCUUGAAUACUGCGUACAAAUGUUGAAGGAGGGCAAGGCCUACGUGGACGAUACGCCGCCCGAGCAAAUGAAGCUGGAGCGUGAACAGCGCGUCGAGUCGGCGAAUCGUUCCAACUCUGUUGACAAGAAUCUGUCCCUGUGGCAGCAGAUGCUGCAGGGCACCGAGGCUGGCCAAAAGUGUUGCGUGCGCGCCAAGAUUGACAUGUCCUCGCCCAAUGGCUGCAUGCGUGAUCCGACCAUAUAUCGCUGCAAGAACGAGCCCCAUCCGCGCACAGGCACCAAAUACAAGGUCUAUCCUACCUAUGACUUCGCCUGCCCUAUUGUCGAUGCCAUUGAGAAUGUGACGCACACACUGCGCACCAUGGAGUACCACGAUCGUGAUGAUCAGUUCUAUUGGUUUAUCGAUGCACUGAAGCUGCGCAAGCCCUACAUCUGGGAAUACAGUCGCCUUAAUAUGACGAAUACGGUGCUUUCGAAACGGAAGCUCACCUGGUUUGUGGAAUCGGGCCUGGUGGAUGGCUGGGACGAUCCACGUUUUCCCACGGUGCGCGGCAUCAUUCGACGUGGCAUGACGGUCGAAGGGCUCAAGGAGUUCAUCAUUGCCCAGGGUAGCAGCAAAUCGGUGGUCUUUAUGAACUGGGAUAAGAUCUGGGCCUUCAACAAGAAAGUCAUUGAUCCCAUUGCGCCGCGUUACACGGCCCUCGAGCACGACAGGCGCAUCAUUGUGAAUGUGGCAGGUGCCAAGCUGGAAAAGGUGCAGGUGCCUGUGCAUCCCAAGGAUGAGAAACUGGGCACAAAGACCGUCACGUUGGGUCCGCGCAUCUACAUUGACUAUGCGGAUGCUGAGGCGCUCAAAGAGGGCGAAAAUGCCACCUUCAUCAACUGGGGCAAUUUGCUCAUCAAGAAGGUGCACAAGGAUGCCACCGGCGCCAUCACAUCAGUGGAUGCGGCGCUCAAUUUGGACAACAAGGACUUUAAAAAGACCUUGAAACUCACCUGGCUCGCGGUGGAGGACGAUGCCAGUGCCUAUCCGCCCACGUUUUGCGUCUACUUUGAUAACAUCAUCAGCAAAGCCGUCUUGGGCAAGGACGAGGACUUCAAGCAGUUCAUUGGCCACAAGACGCGCGACGAAGUCCAGAUGCUCGGCGAUCCCGAGCUCAAGACAUGCAAAAAGGGCGACAUCAUUCAGCUGCAACGUCGCGGCUUCUUCAAGGUAGACAACGCAUAUGCCCCGCCCAGUGCCUACACAAAUGUCGCCUCGCCCAUCAUACUCUUCUCCAUACCCGAUGGCCACACAAAGGACAUGCCCUCCUCGGGUCUAAAGAUUAAUACAGCUCCGACGCCGGCUGCCAAAACAAAUGCUGCCAGCAAUAAAGCAUCGAAUAAUACGUCGGAAUUGGACAAGCAGAUUGGCCAGCAGGGCGAUCUGGUGCGUGAGCUGAAGGCCAAGAAGGCAGCCAAAGACCAAAUCGACGUUGCAGUUAAGCAACUGCUCAGCCUGAAGGCGGACUACAAGGCAGCCAGUGGCAAGGAUUGGAAGCCAGGACAAGCUGCGCCUGCUGCACCUGCCGCAGCUACACCCAACAACGACGCAGCCGCCGUUAAUGCCAGCAUUGUCAAGCAGGGCGAUUUGGUGCGCGAGCUGAAGAGCAAGAAGGCUGCGAAGCCAGAAAUUGAGGCAGCUGUCAAGCAAUUGCUGGAGCUGAAGGCUCAGUAUAAGACGCUGACUGGACAGGAUUGGAAGCCAGGUACGGUAGCCGCAACUCCAGUCUCCACUCCAGCCUCCACUCCAGCCUCCACUCCAGCUUCCACUCCAGCUUCCACAGACGUUGCUUCCGUGCUGGCCCAAAUAGCUGCCCAGGGCGAGAAGGUGCGCGAUCUGAAGGCAGUCGAUGACGCCGUCAAGACGCUGCUCAGCUUAAAGGCCGACUACAAGCAGCUCAGCGGAAGCGACUGGAAGCCAGGCACCACAGCGCCCGCCGUCAUCAAGGUUAAGCAGGAGAAGUCUCCGGAACCCGUAGCUGCCAGUGCCGUGGCCACAUUGCUGGACAAGAUCGCACAGCAGGGCGACAAGAUCCGGCAGCUGAAGUCGGCGAAGUCGGAAAAAUCGCUGAUCGACGCCGAGGUGAAGCUGCUCUUGGCUCUAAAGACCGACUACAAAAGUCUGACUGGCCAGGAGUGGAAGCCAGGCACCGUAGCGCCCACAGCAGCACCAGUUGCGACCAUUGACCUGACUGCUGACGAGCCCAGCGUUGGCGGCGACAUUGCCAGCGUCUUGGCCAAGAUUCAGGCGCAGGGGGACAAGAUUCGUCAGCUAAAGUCGGCAAAGGCAGCCAAGGCGAGCAUCGAUCCGGAGGUACAAGCGCUCCUGGCUCUGAAGGCGGACUACAAAAAGCUGAGUGGCAAAGAUUGGACACCCGACGCCAAGGUCGAGGCUAAAGUGGAGAUGGCUACGUCGGAGAAGGAGCAGCUGACGCUGGACAUUAAUGCGCAGGGCGAAAAGGUGCGCUCCGUCAAGGGCAGCAAAGCUGCCAAGGACGUCAUCGACGAAGAGGUGCGCAAGCUGCUGGCGCUUAAGGCCAAAUACAAGGAGGUCACAGGCACCGAUUUCCCCGUUGCUGGUCGCGGUGGAGGCGGCGGCGGCGGCGCCGUCAAGAAGGCACCCAAAGAGCCACAGCAGAAGGCGGCGAAGCCGGCCAAGAAAGAACCAGCAGCAGCUGCUGCUAAGCCAGAUGCCGCUGCAGGUGUGAAGAAACAAACCCGAUUGGGUCUGGAGGCCACGAAAGAGGACAACCUGCCGGAUUGGUACUCGCAGGUGAUAACCAAGGGCGAACUGAUCGAAUACUACGAUGUGUCCGGCUGCUAUAUACUGCGACACUGGUCCUUUGCCAUUUGGAAGUGCAUCCGGAACUGGUUCGAUGCGGAAAUCACGCGCAUGGGCGUCAAGGAGUGCUACUUCCCCAUCUUUGUAUCAAAGGCGGCGCUGGAGCGUGAGAAGGCCCACAUUGCUGACUUUGCCCCGGAAGUGGCCUGGGUAACCAAGUCGGGUGAUUCGGACCUGGCCGAACCAAUUGCUGUGCGUCCUACCUCGGAAACUGUUAUGUACCCCGCCUAUGCCAAGUGGAUACAAUCCUACAGAGAUUUGCCCAUCCGCCUCAAUCAGUGGAACAAUGUUGUGCGUUGGGAAUUCAAGCAUCCGCAACCUUUCCUGCGCACACGUGAGUUCCUCUGGCAGGAGGGCCACACGGCAUUCGCCAGCAAAGCCGAGGCCGACAAGGAAGUUCUAGAGAUUUUAGAUUUAUACGCGCAAGUCUAUACGGAUCUGCUGGCCAUACCCGUUGUGAAGGGCCGCAAAACCGAAAAGGAGAAGUUCGCCGGCGGUGACUAUACCACGACAGUGGAGGCAUUCAUUUCGGCCUCGGGCCGCGCCAUCCAGGGUGCGACCAGUCAUCACUUGGGCCAGAACUUCUCCAAGAUGUUUGAGAUUGUCUACGAGGAUCCGGAGACGCAGCAGAAGCAGUAUGUCUACCAGAACUCGUGGGGCCUUACCACGCGCACCAUCGGCGUCAUGAUUAUGGUGCAUGCGGAUAAUCAGGGAUUGGUGCUGCCGCCGCAUGUGGCCUGCGUGCAGGCUAUUGUCGUGCCCUGCGGCAUUACGGUGAACACCAAGGACGAGGAGCGCGCCCAGCUGCUGGCUGCUUGUGACAAGCUGGAGAAGCGUCUAAAUGGCGCCGGCGUACGCUGUGAGGGCGAUUACCGUGACAAUUACUCGCCCGGCUGGAAGUUCAAUCAUUGGGAGCUCAAGGGUGUGCCAAUACGCAUCGAGCUGGGCCCCAAGGAUAUGCAGGCCAAGCAGAUUGUCGCUGUGCGCCGUGAUACCGGCGAAAAGCUGACUAUUGCCCUGGCCGAUGUGGAAAAGAAGAUUCCCACUUUGCUCGAAACUAUUCACGAGAGCAUGCUCGCCAAGGCGCAGUUGGAUCUGGUGUCGCAUACGAAGAUUGUCAGCAACUGGACGGACUUCUGCAACCAGCUGGAAAACAAGAAUAUGCUGCUCGCCACCUUCUGCGGCGACAUGGCCUGCGAGGACAAAAUCAAAGCGGACAGUGCACGCGGCGAAGAGGCCGAGCCCGGCGCUCCGGCCAUGGGCGCCAAGACGCUGUGCAUACCCUUCGACCAGCCGGCGAAGAUCGUCGACAGCGACAAGUGCAUCAAUCCCGGCUGCACAAACAAGCCCAAGUUCUACACGCUAUUCGGACGCAGCUACUAAAAACGAUCCCCAGCAUUGAAUAUCCACCUGUAAUUGUUCUCCAUAUUUUAAUGUCACGACCCUGAUUUUCAAAAAUAGUUAGCUAUUAAAACUUUAAUAUAAUGGCACGAAUUUUGAUUCGAUAAAAAUGCUCUAAUUUAA